UUAGCGUUAAGCCUCAGCUGUUAGGGUCCGGAGUUUGUAGCAAAUUAUCGCUUAAAUCCACCCCACCAUUUCUCAACUGUGAAUUGCUCGGUAAGGAACCCAUCAUGGCAACAGGUAUUCCAGAGUCAUCCAAUUCUGAGGGAACCCAAGGACUACAAAAUCUUACGAGACAAACACAAUCACCUGUCCAAAAUGUGCAGCCUGAACUGAACAGUGACUACCCUCUUUCUCUGGACUAUUCAACUAACAACAAACCAACUAUCCAUCCGUUGUGUGACACAGAUCGCCUUCAGGCUGAUAGUUCAGGAUUUUGUGUUGAUAGUGAAGGAAGGUUAAGCAGAGGCGAACAACCUAUUCAAACAAACCAGGAAGUAAUGACCUCACCAGUUGGGUGUCCAUCCGAGAUCUCCUUAUUCCAGCCAUCCUUUGAUGUUACCAUCCCAUCAGAGGAGCCCCCACCCUACAGCCCACCAGACCCCAAAAUGGCCUACCUUUUCUACCCUUCCCAGCCUCCUCACCACCCUGGACCAGCUGUCAUAGCCUGUCAGCCAGGACCCAACCAGCCAGCAUUCUACCAUUCCCAAUUCAAUCCUUUGCCCAACUACCCUCCCUAUACCAUAUAUAUGAAUGGGUCAUCGCUGGGUGAGGAGAAUGUACCACUUCCUAAAGAUUACAUGGUAGAGUCCUUGCUGGUUACCAUAUUCUGCUGCCUAAUGAGUGGAAUCAUGGCUCUGAUGUACUCCUAUGAGACACGAGCUGCCUUGGCCAGAGGAGACGUGAGGGAGGCCGAGAGGACCUCCCAGAAGGCCCGCCUGCUGGUUCUGUUCAGCUUGAUGUUUGGGGUCUGCGUUUGCGUGGGCUGGGUCAUCUACAUUGUUAUAGUUCUAUGUGCAUAGUGAAGCGAACAGGCCUUUUCUCCAGUGAAGAUUUCCAGAUACAGUCCUUGUGCAAAGGUUACUUUGAUGCGCUGAUGAAGAAUGUUUCAGAGAUCUAUCAGUUACACAUUUUUAAUGAGUUAUUGUUUGGUGCAAUUAUUCACAGUCCAUGAGACUCUAAGCUAGUGGUUCUCAACCCGUGUCCUCGGGGACUCCCUGUCCUUCAUGUUCUAGAUCAGGGGUGGGCAAUCCUGUCCUGCAUGUUUUAGAUGUUUCCCUGCUCCAACACACCUGUUCCUAAUGAAUGGUCGUUGCCAGGCUUCUGCUGAGCUAAAUAACGACUCAUUCAUUGGAAUCAGGUGUGUUGGAGAAGGGAACCGUCUAACCAUGCAGUGAUGAGAACCACUUCUCUAAACGCUGUAGUGGAAAUUGCUGAAAGGUGAGUGUAAAGUUAUGUUCAUAAUGUAAACCAAUGAAAAUACUGUGUCCCAAUAAAGCUUAAUUUUUAUUAAACCAAAUACAUUUUCAGUCAUUCAACAUGGCUUAGGAACAGGCAAUAAAUAGACAGGUCAAAGCAAAUAAGAAAUAAUAGAAGACUAAUAACGAAACAGUAACACAGCAGCAAUAGUUAAAAUCUUAGGAGUGCAUGCACAGGUACAGUUUGUACGGUGUGGUAGUGAACAUACUUUGCUUGUGCAAAUAUUUUGGUACAAAAAGAUUGGCAAUAAAAAUAAUAAUUGCGUUAUAUUUCUGAUCUAAAACAGCCUGUUUGCUAUUAAAAGCAUUCAUAGAAAUCACUGGCAGGAGCACAUGCAGCAGCCUGGGCUGGUUCUGCAACCUCAUUACACAAAGGACACAACAACUUUUCAAACACUUUGUUUUAAAACCGACAAAAAAAGAGGCCAGACGACAUACAAUGAAAUUCCAAAGAGCAAAACUAACACACUUUAUAUCAUAUAAAUGAUAAGAGUACGUCAUGCAUACUGAAGUGUGUCAAGCUUGUUCAAAAGCUGUGUUUGACCAACAGGCCUGAGAGUGAGUGUUAUGGAGAUGACAUUCUCUGGAUUAGUAGAUAGCCAUAGCGAGUGUACCCCCAUCUUAAGGCAAUUCAUAUUUGAGGGGGGAGAGGUUCAUAUUUGAGCUGUGUGUUUGUUACAUUUCCAAACUCGAAUUGUAUGGGCAGUGUCAGUUUUCUCUAAAGGUUAGGGACAAGAACAUUUACAACAUAGGAAUGUUGCCCACACAAAGAUAAAUGGAAACCCCCAUGCUUGCGUAGAGUGCUUUUUGGAAUGUAUGUGGCCUUUCAGAAACAUGUUUGCGUAGAGCGGUGGAGUGGAAAAUCAAAGUGGGAAGAACAGGUGUUUCUUAGUUGUCAACUUGUAUGACGCUAUACCAUCAAUCUUAACCCAUGUUCUUUAUCCCUCUAAUUACUACUCUCACUUCCUUUUACUGUUUCCUACAGUUUUUCAUAAGAAUAAAGAAAAUAAAUAUGACAGGAAAUUUUAAUAU